CGCUGCAGCCUGAGGAGAGCCAGACACACUCUCAGGCCCCGAAUAUAGAAAAAUUAUUUGGAAAAAUCGGAAAAAAUAACCAGGCAACAGAUCGAGAGGAGAAAAGAGCGGGGAGCGGUGGCGUGGGCUCUCCCACGGCGGGUUUUUGGUCCGGUCCGGGAUGGGAAGUUACCGGGACUCCUUGUGAAAUUGACUAAUGCGAUGCUGGAAACUUUCUGGACAGUAAAGAUGCAGAGCAGUAUUUCCCACUCACCACCAACCAUAGCUGUUGGGACUGGGUGAGGAGGAAGAAGCACCAGAGUAACAGAAGGAAAGAAGGGUUUUGACUAACAGGUUUUGGGUUUACCUCGAUGUUUUCUGUGGCUCAUUGGCCCUUUCUGUGAUCAGAUCUGUGCUGUCCUCUUUUUCAACAACCCCCCUGACCUGCAACUUCCCAAGUUGAGCCUGGGAGGCAGGGGAGCUAUAAGUGAAUUUUCAUGGCAGCGGCACUCUAGGGCUGCCAUGGCAGCUGCUGCCGCCGAUGCCUCACACCGUAUUACCGCACUGACGCCGGAGGAAGAGGGACGACGGACUGCUGCCAAGCUGUUUGGGAGCGCCGCCCCGCUGCCCCUGACAGACAGAGAGAGAGAGCGAGAGAGGGUGAAAGAAAGAGAGAGGGAAGAAGUAGGAGAAGAGGUGGGGAGAGCGAGUGGGAACGAGUGUUUGGUGUGCGGGGCCCUGUUCGCCUCACUGGAGAAGCUCCGGCUCCACGCCUUGAGUCACACAGGAGAGAAACCCUUCCACUGCUCACAGCCACACUGUCCCAAGGCCUUCAGCUCCAAAUACAAACUCUUCAGGCAUAUGGCCACACACUCUCCACAGAAGACCCAUCAGUGCUCAUUUUGUGAGAAAAUGUUCCACCGCAAAGACCACCUGAAGAACCACCUGCAGACCCAUGACCCCAACAAAGAGGCCUUCAAGUGCGAGGAGUGUGGGAAGCACUACAACACCAAGCUGGGAUACAAGCGCCAUGUGGCCAUGCACUCCGCCACAGCGGGGGAUCUCACCUGUAAAGUGUGCAUGCAGAGCUACGAGAGCACGCCUGUUCUCCUGGAGCACCUUAAGAGCCACUCUGGGAAGUCCUCAGCUGGUGCCAAGGAGAAAAAACACCCAUGCGACCACUGUGACCGUCGUUUCUACACGCGGAAGGAUGUGAGACGACACAUGGUGGUCCACACGGGCCGAAAGGACUUCCUGUGCCAGUACUGUGCUCAGCGCUUUGGCAGGAAAGACCAUCUGACGCGCCAUGUGAAGAAGAGCCACUCGCAGGAGCUGCUGAAGAUCAAGACAGAGCCUCCGGAUAUGUUAGGUCUUUUAGCUACAGGGUCUCCACCCUGCUCUGUGAAGGAGGAGCUCAGCCCCAUGAUGUGUGGCAUGGGGCCCAACAAAGACCCCAUGAUGGGCAAACCAUUCCCUAGUGGGGCACAUUUUCCAAUGGGCAUGUACAACCCCCACCAUCUCCAGGCCAUGUCGAAUUCUGGGGUGGGUCACCCACACCCGUCCCUGAUGCCCAGCUCCUUGUCUGCAGCUAUGGGCAUGGGUUGUCACAUGGAAUCUCCUGGAUCUCUUCACCCACACUCCCAUCAUCAUCACCAUCACCACCACCAUCACCAUCACCACCAUUCCCCUCCACUGCCCCCCCACCAUCAGCCUCCGGCUCCCCAGCAGCAGCACCAGCCCCAGCCAGCGCCCAAGUACCAGCUGGGAUCUACCUCAUACCUGCUGGACAAGCCCUUGAAAGUGGAGAUGGAGAGCUUCCUCAUGGAUCUGCAGAGUGGCUUGCCAGGCCCAGUUCCCUCUGCAGAACCCCACGCUGCUGCCUCAUCCCCCAAGGAUGGACUGGAGCCCGCCACGGGCCUGGCGGAUGAGCUUUGCGGGGAUCCCCUCCUGUCUAAGAGCCCUGCGGUGAUCGCUGAGUCUCUGUGUGCUGCUAACAUGGACUUCUCCCACCUGCUGGGUUUCCUGCCCAUCAACCUGCCUCCCUACAGUGCUCCAAUGAGCACUGGAGGGCUAGUCAUGGGAUACACCUCAUCUGCGACCUCCUCGACUUCUUCCUCUUCCUCUUCGUCGUCUCUGCAUGCUGCUGAGCCCCAUGCUGCAGCAGUUGCAGCGGCAGCAGCCGCUGCUGUCGCCACAACACCUCUUACCUCUUUGCAACCGCAACCUCAGGAGCAGCAGAGCUCCAGCGGGGGUCUGGGCCUUGGAUCUCUGCACCCUCUCCCACCAGUGUUCAGCUCCAGCCUUAGCACCACCACACUGCCUCGCUUCCACCAGGCCUUCCAGUGA